AUGAGGGUGCUCGUAGUUUUAGCACUUAUUAGUGCCGCCUUUGCGGAGUCGAAUCGCAUCAUAGGCGGCACAAUCACUAACAUCGAAAAUUACCCGUUCAUGACCAGCAUGCAAUACCUGUGGAAUCACGGUUUCUAUCACGGCUGCGGCGGAACUCUCAUCACAACAUUAGCUGUGAUCUCAACUGGCACGUGUUUUAAUCGGAACCUAAUAGCUUCGAAUUGGCGAGCGCGCGUCGGAUCUGCCGCAUUGAUGACUGGCGGUACCCCGAUUCCUGUAUCUAGGCUCAUCCUGCACCAUAACUUUAACCCAACGAUGAUGACAAGCAACAUAGCAAUGAUAAGACUUACAACCGCCGCGACGCUUUCUAAUACAAUUAAAAUUGCUCGGAUUGCUGGACCUAACUACGCUCUUCCUGAUAACCUACGGGUUUACAUUGCAGGAUGGGGAACCACCACAGAGAAUUUUGGGGGUCUAUCGAAUGAGUUGAGGCAUGUCGACGUCCGAAUAGUAAAUCACGCUCUCUGCACCGACCGUUACGCGGACCUCAAGUCCCAGCCCGGAUUCGAAUACAUACCCCCUGUAUGGCCUGACAAUGUAUGCACUGGUCUGCUUAACAUAGGAGGGCAGGACGCUUGCUCUGGUGAUUUGGGGGGUCCGGUCGUACAUCAAGGUGAUAUUGUAAUAGGCGUUUCGGACUGGGCCUUUACAUGUGGUGACCCUUACUAUCCGCGAGUCAACGUCCGUGUAUCGUCUUACAUUCAAUGGAUAAGUCAAAACGCUUCCUAA